GGCGGAGUUUCAUACCGAACCAGACGCUCCUUUUGUCGGAUUCGUUUCGACCUGACUCCCCGGGGUUUACGGCUAAAAAACAGAUCCUUAAAUACAAUAAAACCGCGUAACACGAAGACGUCUCUAAUCAAUAAGUCAAUCCGUAACGGGAUUUUGAAAAAGCCACUUGGCCACUGAAGUGUCAAGGUGGAUCUUACUGAACUGUCAUCAUGAAUGGCAACACUAGUGUGUCUGGCUCUCAGACUGGACGAAUCAAGAGUGAAUCCGAUACAUGGAGCAAAGAGGACUGUCUGACACUGCUGGAGAGGAUACGCAGUCUGCUACCUGAUGGAGACACAAUGAAGUAUAAAACCACUGAGUCUCAUUUCGACUGGGAGAAAGUAGGGUUUGGGGGUUUCACUGGAGACAUGUGUAAGCAGAAAUGGCAAAAAGUUUCCACAGAGGUGCGUAAAUACAGAACAUUGACAGAGCUCAUUGUGGACGCUAUUGAAUAUGUAAAGAACCCUUACAAGGGGAAGAAAUUGAAGACCCACCCAGACUUCCCAAAGAAACCCCUUACACCCUACUUUCGUUUCUUUAUGGAGAAGCGAGCCAAGUAUGCAAAAAUCCACCCAGAGAUGAGCAACUUGGAUCUUACCAAGAUUCUGUCCAAAAAAUACAAGGAGCUUCCUGAAAAGAAGAAGCUCAAGUACAUUCAGGAGUUCCAGAGAGAAAAAGAGGCUUUUGAGAAGAACAUGGCACGUUUCAAGGAGGACCACCCAGAUUUAAUAGAGGAGAGAAAGAAAUCAGACCUCCCAGAGAAGCCCAAGACCCCUCAGCAGCUAUGGUACAACCAUGAGAAGAAGACCUACAUGAAAGGUCACCCAGAGGUGAGUCAGAAGGAGCUGAAAGAAGCAUUACGGAGACAAUGGUCCCAACUCCCAGACAAGAAAAGGUUGAAAUGGAUCAGUAAAGCACUAGAGCUGCAGAAACAAUAUGAGGAGAGCAUGAGAACAUAUUUUGAAACUCACCCAGAUGCCAACUCUGAGGAGCAUGUCAAGUCUGUCCUGACCAAGGCUGAACGGCAGCUCAAGGACAAGUUCGAUGGCCGACCAACUAAACCGCCACCGAAUGGGUAUUCACUGUACUGUGCUGAACUAAUGGUAAACAUGAAGGACGUGCCAAGUACAGAGCGAAUGGUGCUAUGCAGUAAGCAGUGGAAGAUGAUGACUCAGAAAGAGAAAGAUAUGUUCCAGAAACGAUGCGAACAGAAAAAGAAACAGUAUGAGAUUGACCUUCAGAGGUUUAUUGAGAGUCUCCCAGAAGAGGAAAGGGAUCGUGUUUUGGGGGAGGAGAAGCUGGGAGGCAGCAAGCUGGCCUUGGCGGGUGUCGGCAGUCCGCUUAGGGCUAAAUCCCCAUCUGUGAAGGGUCGUGACCCUGAGCUGGAUCAUGGGGCACAUGGGCUUUCAAAAGAGAAACGAGAUGGUAAGAAGAAAACACGGCUCCCUGAAACACCGAAGACUCCUGAGGAGAUGUGGCAACAGAGCGUGAUAGGAGACUAUCUUGCAAAAUACAGGAAUGACCGGAAGAAAGCACAGAAUGCAAUGGAAGCUGCUUGGAAGGCCAUGGAAAAGAAGGAGAAGAUUCCUUGGAUCAAGAAAGCUGCUGAGGACCAGAAGCGAUACGAGGUUCAGUACCGGACCGUGAGAGAGCUGUUAGAGAUGAGGACGGCUCUGUCAGGACAGGGACAAAGAAAACCGAAAUUUGAUGGAGAGCCAAAAAAGCCACCUGUGAGUGGUUAUCAAAUGUUCUCUCAGGAGCUCCUAACCAACGGCGAGCUAAAUCACUUCAGCCUGAAGGAGCGCAUGGUGGAGAUCGGCAAACGAUGGCAUAAGCUUAGCCAGAGCCAGAAGGACAAAUAUAAAAAACAGGUGGAGGAGCAACAGCUAGAGUACAAAGCUGAGCUUGAAGCCUGGGUAAAGUCACUUUCUCCUCAGGAGCGUGCAGUUUAUAAAGAGUUCUCCACCACAAAACGACGAAGCACAACAAAAGCACGAGGUUCUGGGGGAAAAGUCUGUGUCACCAAGGGGAAGGCGGUAGGUGCCAGAGCCACGCCGGUGGGUGUCGGGGGGGGCAAGCGUUCUAUGGCGUACCGGGCCAAGCAGGACACAUCAGACUCUGAUGAUGAUGAUGAAAAAACAGACACUUCAGACUCCGAGGAUGAAGAUGAUGAAUCAUCUGGGAGCUCAGAUAGUGAUGAUGAUGAUGAUGAAGAUGAUGAGAAUGAUGAAGAUGAUGAAGACGAUGAUGAUGAUGACCAGUCAGAUGGCUCCAGCAGCUCUUCAUCUGAAGACAGUAGUGACUCUGAUUCAGACUAACCUGUCCCACCCCCUCAUAGAGGGGCCUGUGCCGGACACACCCCCUAGCAAAAUUCCUCCAAGAAAAUGGGAGGGGGCCUUGUAGCUGUGAGCUCACAGCAUGCAGUAAACAGGUUCCUUAUCGUAACAGGGUGAGAGACAAGAUAGGGGACAACAUCACCAUGUCCACGUUAAAGACAAAGUCAUAUGGACAACUUUUUUCUUUUCUUUUUUUUAAAGGAGCUGUGUUACUUGUGUGGUAAUAGCAACUAUUUUUAUUGCCUUUAUAUAGGUGUAUUAUUAAAAUGUGUUGGAUGUUUGUUUUGUUUUGUGUUUUUUUUUUUUUUU